AAAUAGAAAAUUUCCAGAACGAAACAAAAACAAAAUUAAAGAUUACGGUUAUGGUUUUCGUUUCCUUUCUGUUUGCAAUUCUUUCCAUAAUUUCAUUAGAUCAAGUAGGACAAGCAACGUGUAUUUGUAUGAUUUGUCCGAAACAAUUUUGAUGUCAAAUUUAUUAUUUACAUUACUCCUGGUCCUUGUGGCCUUGGAGCUUGCUGUGGCCCCCCCAGUUGAUCAAAAGAAAAAGGAUGAAGAAAAAAAAGACAAAGGUGAAGAAUUGGAUGAUUUUGGGCUAGAAUAUGGCAGAUACUUGCAACAAGUUGUACAAGCUCUUGAGGAAGACAAAGAGUUUGCAAAGAAAUUGGAAAAUAUAAGUGCCGAACAAAUUAGGAGUGGUCAUAUUGCUAAAGAAUUGGAAUUUGUAAAGCAUAAUGUUCGUUCGAAGCUGGAUGAAUUAAAGAGAAUUGAAGUGGAUCGUCUGCGUAAACUUAUUCAAGAACAAAUGGAGCGCACUCAAUUAGGUCUGUACCGAGACGAAGAUGGUCAUCUGUUGAACUCUCCUGAUGGUCGGCGUUGGAGAACAAUUCCUGACCACAAACGUGGUUUAGAAGGUGGUGUUGGUGAUGGGAAUUUCUGGUUAGGUUUGGAUCGUAAAGGGGUAAAAAUACCAAAACAUCUAGAUAUUGAAAACCCACACAGUUUUGAGAUUGAAGAUUUGAAAAAGCUCAUUCAAACUGCUACUAGUGAUCUUGAAGAAUUAGAUAGACAAAGAAGAGAAGAAUUCAAGAAGUAUGAACUGGAAAAAGAAGCUACCUAUCGUGAAAGCUUGCAAAACAUGACUGAGGAGCAAAGAAAAGAAGCAGAGAAGCACCAUCAAGAACUGAUUGCCAAACACAAAGAUCAUCCUAAAGUACAUCAUCCGGGUAGUAAACCACAGUUGGAACAGGUUUGGGAAGAUCAAGACCAUAUGCCUAAAGAAGAAUUCAAUCCUAGAACUUUCUUUGCCAUGCAUGAUAUCAAUGGAGAUGGUCAUUUAGAUGUUGAGGAAGUUGAAGCUAUCCUUAUACCAGAAGUAAAAAAACUCUAUAAUCCAAACAAUGAGGAAGAUGAUCCUAUAGAAAUGGAAGAAGAAUUCCACAGAAUGCGAGAGCACAUCUUCAAUGAAACUGAUAAAAAUAAGGAUAGUCUCAUCAGUCUUGAAGAAUUCCUUCAAAUGACUCAGCAGCAAGAAUUUCAACAAGAUGAAGGCUGGAGAGGAUUAGACGAACAACAAGUGUAUUCUGAUGCAGAACUCCAAGAAUAUAUGCGACAAAGACAAAUGCAUUAUCAACAAGAUCCAAGAAUGUAUUAUGAUGUCGGUGGGCAACAACAUGGAAUACCGCCAAAUAUCAAUUAUCAAGGAAUGCCACAAUACCCACCUCAAGGACAUCCUCAACAGUUCCAGCAGGGACAUCCUCAACAGUUUCAACAAGGACAUCCUCAACAGUUUCAACAAGGACAUCCACAACAAUUCCAGCAGGGCCAUCCACAACAGUUUCAACAAGGGCAUCCACAACAGUUCCAGCAAGGUCAUCCUCAGCAAUUCCAGCAGGGACAUCCCCAGCAAUUCCAACAAGGUCAUCCACAACAGUUUCAACAGGGUCAUCCUCAGCAAUUUCAGCAAGGGAUCCCACAAGGUCAUCCUCAGCAAGGGAUCCCACAAGGUCAUCCUCAGCAAGGGAUCCCACAAGGUCAUCCUCAGCAAGGGAUCCCACAAGGUCAUCCUCAGCAAGGGAUCCCACAAGGGCAUCCUCAGCAAGGGAUCCCACAAGGGCAUCCUCAGCAGGUUCUUCAAGCACCUCAGCAAGGUCAUCCACAACAACAACCAGUUGGAGGUAAUGCUCAACCCAAACCCAAUCAGCAGUUUGCAUCUGUGCCUCCUGAGCAGUUGUCUGUCCAACAACAGGCUAAUGUUGUGAAAAAUGAACAAAAAGCUUCUAAUUCCAUCAAUGAGGUUCCUCAAGCUGAAAAAAAGCCAGUUGAAGGUCCAAAUUCCAUUAGCCAAGCACCACCAGUUGUACAACAAAUCUAAAGUUCUACUUAAUUACAGCUUAAAACUUCCGAUCAAAAGCUACAGUGAUAUUAAGCAGUCUUAUUAAUUAUACAAACUUUACGAAAAAUAUUGAAUCAGUAUUUUUCGGACUAAAAAAAUUAUAAAAAUUUUUUAUACAUAUAUUAAAUUUAUAAAUUUAUGUACAGAAUAGGUAUAAUAUAUUCAGAUAAAAAUUUUUAAUUACUUAAAGGCUUUAUAAUUACAUGAUUAUUUAUACAUUAGCAACUUUACUGUUAUACUUGGUGUAAAAUUCAAUUUCGAAUUUUUAGUUUGAAAAGCCAUGACAUUCAUUUGACUAUUUAAUUCAUUUCUCGAUAUUUUCAAAGUAGUGAAGUCAAAGUUUUGUUAACUAUGCACUAUAUUUGGUAAUUAAUAUAGUGUUUUUGCAACUACUUAUUCUUGAUGUUCAUUUAAAAGCAAUACAUAGUAUGUCACUGUACUUAUUUAAUUUCUGUGAAAUACAGGAAAUAAUUUAACUCAUUUUGAAAAUAUUUUUAAACUAUUGUUUACUGAAAUUCUUUUACUCCAGUUGUAAAUAUAGCAAAUUUAGAAAAAUGGUUUAACAUUAAUUUAUUUAAAUUUUUCUAAAUUUUAGAGCCAUUUCUAAAAAUUAGUGUUGUACAAAUAUUAAUUUACAUUCCAUUUGUAAAUAUUUGUAUUGUAUAUUUUGUGUAUAUUUUUUGAAUGUUAUAAAAUUAUAGAUCAAAAUUUUAAAUUUCAAGAAUGAAUUUUUUUAUCUUAUUUAAUAAAUUUUUUUAUCUAUUGUUGAGAAAAGGUAAAAUUUCUUAGAGCACUUUAAUUUAUUUUGCACUCGUGUUUUUAGUCUAAACCAUUUUACAAAAUUUUAAUAUGACUGAUUUAAUAAAAUUAUUUUGGAUGCCAUUGAUAGAGAAUAUUAAUAGUUGGGAUGCUGUUUAUUAUUCAAGUAUGUUGAAAUAAAUAAAAUCCUUAUAUUUCUUGCA